GCCAUGAACUGUUUGAAACCACUGAAUACUUGUAUCUAUCUAUCUAUCUGGAAAGAAUUCAGGAGCAGAGGGGACUUUCUGGGUUUUUUUCCCAGUAAAAAUCUCUUCUUUUUUAGCAAUAUUUUCCCUUUUCAAUUCGAGUUGGUUGAGAAAGAGGGGUCCCUCCUGGAUUUCUUGUAGCUCUGGGUAUCAUUUCAGCUUCACUCUGAAGAAACCCACGACUGUUCUUCGUCAGAUUUGAGUGACACUUGUGUCAAUCACAGGUCUCGAUUUCCGCAACAAACAUUCCUUAGUGUCAUUCGAGAUUUCCCGCGAAAUGGGUUCGAGACUGUGACAGUUUCUUCGUCGCUAAUUUUCUUCAUCGGAUUUCGAACUGAGAUUUUUCUCGGCGGGAAAGAUGUUAUCUUUUGGCAGUUUAGGAAUUGGUCUGAGUCUCGUUUUCGGUUUCGUUUUCCUAGGCGUCGUCGCAGAGAUUUACCACUUGGUGCGGCGGAGGAAGGAGGACAGAAACAACGUCAGAAGAGGAGGGAAAGAGAUUUCCACUCUGUUUUGCUGUAAGAAUCCAAAUUCCGUCGAAACAGCCGAUUCUUUGAAGAACCCAGAUCCCAAAGGCCCCGAACCAGACCUCGAAUCGGGCACGAAAGGCUUCGGUGAAGAAGAAAGUGUGGAGUCAGAACUCAAGAGGCUUCACAAUCUCUGCGGGCCCCCAAGGUUUCUCUUCACAAUCAAAGAAGAAACCAAGGAAGACUUGGAGUCAGAUGAUGGGAAAUCGAGAGGAGGAGAGAGAAGCAGAAAAGGGUCUAGGACUAGGAGCCUCGGCGACCUUGUUUUUGCUAUCGACACGCCCGUCAGUCUCACCCCGUUGGCCUCGCCAAAGGGUAGUUACCAGUUCGAGUCUUACGAAGUCCAUGGGUUGAAUCCUCUGUUUGAAUCGUUCUCGGAGGCGGAUUUCGAUAGUCUGAGGUCUUCACCGCCUCCGACGAUGAAGUUCUUGAGGGAUGCUGAGGAGAAACUGAUGAGAAGGUUGAUUGAAGAAGCAGAGAAGAGGGCUAAAGAGGAGAGAGAUGGUUCUUUCAUUAGGAUUAUUGCGGGGAAAAACAGAGAAACAGAGCAGCAUCAGUAGUUUCCACAGGUACGUCCACUAGCUUAAAUCUUCAGCACGAGACCACUUGCGCUUAAGCUGACCCGCUGUCAGAAAAAAAAUUAAAAGAGGUCAAUUGCUGGCAAAGUACUCCAGCUUACAGCAUUUGAUCCUCAUGGAUUUUUACAAGAUUUGUUUUUUUUUUUUUCUUUCUUCCCUUGGGUACUUUGUAGUUUGUACAUUUACAUAUGAGUCCUUCUACUACCACACUCAUUCACACACCCAAUUACAUACCUACAUUCAUAAUAAAGGUAGAGCCCGCACACACUACACACCUAGUGUGUAUGAGCCACACCCUUAUUAUGAGUAGGGAUAUGUAAAUGAGUGUGGUGUUAGAAUUAUUGUUUACAAAUUGGGAAGUCUGUGUUUCAACUUUCAACUUUUUAAUAUUGAAUAGACUUGGGGUAAAUAUUGCAAUGUUUAGUCAGCCAAAUACUUGGGCAAACCUACCUUAAUUUUUUUUAAGGAAAAUUUGUGUUCUUUGCUAUUU